UCCCCUUCCCCCAAAUUUUCUACGUACCGAACUGUUUCUCUUUAUCCUUUCUUCUUCUCUCUUCUCCUUGCGUUGUCAGCAGGUUGCAACUUGUGUAUAUGUAAAUGUAUAGGGCUCUCGUGUGAGUGUCUGAGCGUGUGUUUUUAUAUAUAUAUGUAUGUAUACUUCGUGGGUCAACCGCAAAGAAUUCUUCAAAUGAGUCGUGAAUAAAAUAAAACUGAGCCAGAAGUCUGGAUAUAUUCAGCAGGUGGGGGUGUCUGUGGUUCUGUGUCUUAACUCUCCUGUAACUGGUGAAGUUUAGAGAAGAUCUACCAUGGCGGGGGGAGGGCAUGUUGGACCUACUGGUGUGGCCAAGGAGAGAGCUGACAAGUACCAAGGAAGGGUGACCUUGUUUGUGGUUAUUGCCUGCCUUGUUGCGGCUGUUGGGGGGUCAAUUUUUGGCUAUGACAUCGGAAUCUCAGGAGGGGUAACAUCAAUGGAUGAAUUUCUGGAAAGUUUUUUCCACCCAGUAUACAUAAAAAAGCAACAUGUACAUGAGAACAACUACUGCAAGUAUAACAAUCAAGGGCUUGCAGCCUUUACUUCUUCUCUGUAUCUUGCCGGAUUGGUUGCAUCACUGGCCACAUCUCCGGUUACAAGAAACUAUGGCCGUCGAGCCAGCAUUAUAUGCGGAGGGAUUAGCUUUCUUGCUGGGGCAACUCUUAAUGCUGCAGCCCUUAACAUAGUAAUGCUCCUUUUGGGUAGGAUCAUGCUUGGCGUUGGCAUUGGUUUUGGCAAUCAGGUUGUUCCGUUGUAUCUAUCAGAGAUGGCACCGACCCAUCUUCGAGGAGCCUUGAACAUGAUGUUUCAGUUGGCAACAACCCUAGGUAUCUUCACAGCAAACAUGAUCAAUUUUGGAACACAAAGGAUCAAGCCAUGGGGAUGGAGACUCUCUCUGGGACUUGCAGCAGCUCCAGCUCUAGUAAUGACAGUGGGAGGAAUUCUUCUUCCCGAAACACCUAACAGCUUAGUCGAACGAGGAUUGAGAGAAAAAGGUAGGCAAGUCCUAGAAAAAAUCCGAGGAACCAAUAAUGUGGAUGCAGAGUUUGAAGACUUGAUAGAUGCAAGCGAGCUGGCUAACUCAAUCAAGCAUCCCUUUAGGAACAUUCUUAAGAAAAGAAACAGACCACAGUUGGUCAUGGCAAUUUUCAUGCCCACAUUCCAGAUCCUCACAGGCAUCAAUUCAAUUCUCUUCUAUGCUCCGGUUUUAUUCCAGAGCUUGGGAUUUGGAGGAAACGCUUCACUCUAUGCCUCGGCUUUGACGGGAGCAGUUCUCUGCUCAUCUACCCUAAUUUCUAUUGCAACAGUAGAUAGAUUGGGCCGUCGAGUCCUCCUUAUCAGUGGCGGAAUACAAAUGAUUGCGUGCCAGGUUAUAGUCGCCAUAAUUCUGGGCCUGAAGUUUGGGGACAAUCAAGAACUAUCAAAAGGCUUCUCAGUAUUGGUGGUGGUGGUGAUCUGCCUCUUUGUUCUGGCUUUCGGAUGGUCCUGGGGUCCGCUAGGGUGGACUGUUCCCAGCGAAAUAUUUCCAUUGGAAACACGAUCAGCUGGACAGAGCAUCACGGUUGCUGUUAACCUUCUUUUCACUUUCAUCAUUGCACAGUCUUUCCUCUCGCUCCUUUGUGCCUUUAAGUUUGGUAUCUUUCUCUUUUUUGCCGGCUGGAUUACUGUUAUGACAAUCUUUGUCUAUUUCUUCCUCCCGGAGACCAAAGGGGUGCCAAUAGAAGAGAUGAUACUCAUCUGGGGGAAGCACUGGUUCUGGAAAAGGAUAAUGCCUGCAAAGCUCAGUGAUACAAGCAACAAUGGACAAAGCAACUCGAUGGAAUUAGGCGAGAUGACUGCAAAAAUAACACAAACUGUGAAUCGAGGGGGAAAUCUUAUAAAUUAGAUCCUGUACCAGGCAACCAAAUCCCUGUGAGUCUAGCAUCUUCGUUUUUAAACCAAAGCAGUUGCAAGAAACUCAUCGGUUGUAAGAAAUAUACCAUAGCAUCUUUAAGGACCCCUAGCAAGUUAGCAACCCAACAGUAUACAAUACCUGCCUGGAUAUCAAUAUUCAAAAAUAAUUUUCAAACUAGCUAAAAGAACAUAAAACCAUGUGAGAGAACUUAAUCAAAAACACCUAUUUAAGCUGAACCCUCCUGAACUUCUCUCAAGCUCUAAAUCCAGAAUUAAAAGAAAAAAAGUUUGGAAAGACUAAAGAAACCAAGAAGAGGCGAAAAGGAUCACAUCAACGCCCAAAGCCUCUCUGCAACUUGGAAGUCAUCCAUGUUUAGAAGUAAGGCAGUGGAGAAGUCAUGAAUUAAGUUGUGCGCAAGCUUCAGAUAAUUCUGGCUAAGAAGAUAACCAGUAAGGUGAUCAGCGGGAUGCACAAAAGCCCACAUGCCUAGAGCACUUAUUAUCGCUACAGAAUAUUUUCAAAAGAGCCAAUAAACAAACAACUCAAUGUAAACAAGCUAGUGACCAUUAUAUAAGAACCUGUCAUUUCUCAAAAAGAGUUGUAGGAGUGUCAGAAAGACGCCAUGCACUUGACUCACAAGGGACAAAUAAAUAAAUCUUAAGAGAAAAUUCAUCCUAAGAAAAUGGGAAGUUAGAUUAUGUAGAUGACAUACCUGUCAUUUGGCAAAUGAACAUAAGCAACCACUCUUACCAGUUGCCUGAUUCCUUGGACAAAGAAAGUAAAGAACUUAGUCAUGCAGAAUAAAAAAAAAUACUAAUGCAGACAUAUUUCAAUAAUAAGAGAUAUGUAUAUAAUUGUAACAUUUAGAAAUUAUUAACUGCAGACUUAUGGUAAGUGUUUACUAAUUAGCUUAUUCAAUUGGUUAGUUGUUUUCCAUCUAGUAGUAUUCUUACAUAGACGGAUUUCUUAUUUUGAUUAUUCACACGAUCAUUUCAAUACCUUAGUUUAGUUAUUAGGUAGAUCGCCCUACAUCACCUUGUCAGAGAAUGCUGGAUACUCUUGUGUGAUUCGACAGUGUAAAAUGAAUACAAGAAAUAUGCUGCAGGUGAUGAUGAAGCAUUUCCUCUGAAAAAAA